AGAGCGACGACCUCAGAGGUUCAUCCAUGGAGGAAGCCAUAUCCCGUAUCAUCGCAGAGCUCGAAGAACUUCGUCAUUCCCAACUAACACCUUCCAUCUCCGAUUCCUCUCUCUCAGACCUCCAAACCCUCCUUGACAACACUCUCGACGAUGACUCCGAGCCCAUCGACCGCCUUUACGCCGAGCUCUCCGCCAAGUCCCUUUCUCCGUCGAAUCUCGUCUCUCCCCUCGCUUCCGCCAUGGAUUCCGGCUCCCCAAAUCUCUCCCUCGUCGCCUCUAAGGUCUACCUCUCAAUCCUUCUCUCUCCUAAUUCCCCCGUCCUCACUCUCUUCACUCCCAUGGCGUUUCUCUCUCUUCUCCGCUCGAUUCGCCGCUGUCUCAAGCGCCGGCCGCCGUCCCAGCCCCGUUCCGGCGAAUCGAGUCAGGAAGUUGCGGCCAAUCGGAAGAGGAAAACCGGCUCGCGAGGCCGGUCAUCGAAGAAGCGUGGACGGAGUCGCCAAGAAGGAGAUCAUGACGGCGAAGAUAGCGAGCUCGAUACUAGGGUUUUGUUUACUGUGCUCGAAAGAUUGGAGCUUGUAAUGAAAUUGAUUCAUUUGGACCGUUUUCCGGAUAGUUUGAAGUCUUUGGUUCAAACAGUGGCUGAAAUUCCAGUUAUGGCAAUUGAAGUUUGCACUAAUUCGGGCAAUUACAACAGAUUGACCGACUUCUGCUCGAAGAUUUUGCUCGAAGUCCUCAGGCCGGAGCAUGGAGAUGAGGCCAACACGGCGGCAGAGGUUUUGAAAUCGCUGUCGCCGAUGAUUCUUCAGUGCAAGUCACAAGCGCGGAUUUUUGCUCUCGAAUUCGUGACGAUUCAAAUGACGAACGUGGCAAACCGAUCUGACGGUGUGAAGAAAGCAAUGGUGAAUUAUCCGAGGUAUUUGGUAGUGAAGGCGCCAGAGAAGUCUGAGCCUCGGGCUUUGGCUGUGGAAUCAAUAAUGGAGGUGAUUCGAAUCAUGGAAUUUGAAGAUCAAAUGGGGUUUGUGGAAUAUGUAAUGAAGAUGAGCCAAGGAAAGUCCAACUUGAGGCUAUUGGCGACUGACCUUAUUCCAAUGCUUGUGAUGUCGUUGAGGGGUCCAUUAGACCUGGACUCGGAAGAUGGAGUAAAAGAUUCAUGGGGUAUGAAGUGUUUGAAGGCUUUGAUCCAGCGGUGUUCGGAUGUAACCGCAGGAAUGCGGGCUCGGGCCUUGUUGAAUUUGUCUCAGCUUAUAGGGUUUUUGACCAAGGAUAGUCGGAGUCAGCCUGUGUUAAAGGAAGUUUUGGGGAUUGGCAGUGGGGAUAAGGGUUUGGUAAAUGAGCUUUUGAGGAAAAGGUGUACGGAUGAGAAGGCAGCAGUGAGAAAAUCUGCACUUAUUCUAGUUGCAAGUUUGACGGGUCUAUUUGGCAGCGGCUUUCAUGGAGCCUUGUUGAAGACUAUGGGCAUGGCCUGCUCAGACCCACUUGUUAGCAUACGGAAAGCCGCAGUUUCAGCUCUUUCAGAGGCCUUCAGAAAAUCCCCAGAUGAAAGUGUUGCGACAGAGUGGCUACAUUCUGUUCCACGGUUGAUAACUGAUAAUGAGUCCAGCAUACAGGGAGAAUGUGAGAACUUGUUUCUUGAACUGGUUCUAGAUCGGAUAUGUAGAUAUGGAUCUAUUGGUUUGCCUCAUAAUAGAUCCACCCCCAAUGGCUCAAAUGUCAAAGCAAAGCGUUUUGAAAUGGAGUUUGAGUCAUUAAUCCCUGAUGGUGUUUUGGGUCUUCUAAGAGAGAUUUGCAAUCGAGAGGUGACACCUUGGGUGAAGAAAAUCUGCACAAGUUUGGGUAAGAAGAAUAAGUUGAAGAACAAAAUUGCCUUGGGACUUCAGAAUAUCAUACGGACAUCUGAGUCCUUGUGGUUGAGUUAUUCAAUGCCAAUAGAGAAGUGGACAGCCCCAGCUGGUGCAUGGUUUCUUCUGUCAGAGGUGUCAACAUACCUUGCACAAGCUGUGGAUUGGGAGUUCCUCCACCAUCAUUGGCAGCUCCUUGACAAGGAUGGUACAGGAGUAAACACUCAAAGUCCACAUGUAGAAGGAGAUAACUUUGAAGAGGGAGAAGACGCAGAAUCCAAUUCUGUAGCUUGGGCUGGGGAUCGUGUUUUUCUAUUGCAAACAAUCUCCAAUGUUGCUGUUGAGCUCCCCUCUGAGCCUGCAGCAGAGCUAGCUCAUAAUUUGUUCAAAAGACUUGAUAAGUUCAACAUGCAUUCGACAGAGGUUAAAGCUCAUGUAAAAGCGCUUAAAACAUUAUGUAAGCGGAAGGCUUCGAGUCCAGAGGAGGCGGAGAUGCUUGUUAUGAAAUGGAUUGACCCGCUUCUCAAUGAAGGUUCUAAAAUCUUGGAAAAAUGCAUCUCAAAGAAUCCAGCAGCAAAGAGAAAUUGCAGCUAUUCUACACCAGCAUCCAAAAGAGGAAGUAGCAAGAGCAAGAAAGAAAAGGCCUUGUCCAGGUUACUGACGCAAGCAAUUACGGCAGUCUAUACAAUUGGGUCUUUGGUUAUCCACUGUCCAUCUACUGAUAUGAACAACAUCAUCCCCCUUUUACACACUAUCAUCACAUCCGAGAAUUAUGACCUUAGAUUGAAUAAAUUACCCGGCGCUAGCGUCUCUUUCAGGGAAACAGCUCCCUCUUUAUAUGUUCAAGCAUGGUUGACUUUGGGAAAGAUUUGUCUUGCAGAUGAGAAACUUGCAAAGAGAUAUAUUCCUCUGUUUAUGCAGGAGCUUCAAAAGAGUGAUUGUGCUGCACUCCGUAAUAAUCUGGUAGUAAUAAUGGCAGAUUUUUGUGUUCACCAUACUGCUUUAGUUGAUUGUUAUAUAACAAAGAUCACAAAAUGUCUGCGUGAUCCAUGUGAAUUGGUGAGAAGGCAGACAUUUAUACUGCUUUCAAGAUUGUUGCAGAGGGACUAUGUGAAGUGGAGAGGCGUUCUAUUCUUAAGAUUUCUUGUGUCGCUCGUCGAUGAGUCAGAAAAGAUAAAGCAACUUGCUAACUUCCUAUUUGGGAAUAUUUUGAAAGUAAAGGCACCUCUUCUAGCUUAUAACAGUUUCAUAGAAGCAAUAUUUUUUCUGAAUGACUGCCAUGCCCACAGUGGACAUACUGAUUCUCGUGGCUCUCGAUCAGAAAAUCGACUUUUUUCCAUCAGUGGAAAUGAUGAGAGAUCAAGGUCUAAAAGAAUGCACAUUUAUGUUUCUUUGCUGAAACAAAUGGCUCCAGAGCACCUUUUGGCGACUUUUGCAAAGUUAUGUGCAGAGAUCCUUGCUGCAGCAUCUGAUGGUGCAUUAAAUAUAGAUGAUGUCACUGGACGGUCAGUUCUGCAGGAUACUUUCCAAAUCCUUGCCUGCAAAGAAAUCCGACUUCCAUCAAGCCGUGGAUCAUCAUCUGAUUAUGCAGACAUAGAUGAAGAUGGAGAUGCUGCAGCAUCCACUGCUGCAGCUAGAGGAAGGGCUAUAACUCAAGCAGUCAAAAAGGGUCUCAUUCAGAACACAAUCCCAAUCUUCAUAGAGCUUAAACGCCUAUUAGAAGGCAAAAACAGCCCGCUUAUAGGCACCCUCAUGGAAUGCCUACGUGUCCUUCUCAAGGACUACAAGAACGAGAUUGACGAGAUGCUGAUUGCUGACAAGCAGCUUCAAAAAGAGCUCAUGUACGAUAUGCAAAAGUAUGAAGUGGCAAAGGCCAAAUCAACCACUGCUCAGGCCGUUGCCAGCAAUCAAAAAGCACAUGGCUUUCAAUCACCUGAUGCUUCUAAAGUUGGAUGUGGAAAACGUGCUCAAGACAAUGCAGAACUUGCUUCAGCUAUGGCUGAUGCCACAGCUGCAGCCACAGUUCGUUCUGUGCUCAAGGAAGUGAACAAAGGAAUUAUGUCGCCUCCUCUGAAUGGCUCGAGCGUGCCUAGACUAAUGUCUUGCGAGAAGGAGAGCAAGCAUAGAGUCGACCGGCGGAUGGAAAUAUUGGAAUCUCUGAGGAAAAGACAAGACUUUGAUUCUGAUGAAGAGAAUUAACAUCACCCAGUAUGUAUGUCUCUCCCAUUUGUAUGGCAAGCAAUGAAGCUUGGACACAGACUUUAUCAACUUUCAUUCAAGAUUGGAGUUAAUUCUCUUCGGUUAUUCUUGUUCUUGUAUGUUGUGAUGUAAUUGUACAUAGUUGUUGACAUACCAAUUGCAAAACUGAUGUUCA